UCCAGCCGAGCCGUAGAAGCUGCGGCACCGAUCGGAAGCGGCGCUCCUCCCUCCGCGAUGCGGUCGCUAUGGUAACCAGUCGCGGAUUCUGGAGAGUUUGUUAGCCCUAUAGUAGAAUCAGUGAACUUUCAUUGAGGUGGUGUGAGACAGUGCGCUACAUAGCAGAGAUAAAGAGUUGAAAAAUGGCAAAAAUAGAAACCGAAGAUCACAGAGUAUCACUUUCUCAAUCUUCUUUAUCACCCUUGAUGAAAGCUACAGAGAUAUCACAGCAAAGCAACACUGAAGACACUUUAAAUGGAUGUAUGAUGGAUCCAAUUUACAAAUAUAAUUCAAGUGACUUAAUGAGGGAAUUUAAGUCAUCCCAGGCAAAAGCAGUUAUUAAAACUACUGAAGAUUACUUGCAGCCUCAGUUUGGCCCCAACAGACUUUUGCAUUCAGCGGCAAUAUCAGAAGGGUCAGGACUUCAAGAUUGUUCCACACAUCAAACAGCAUCAGAUCACAGCCAUGAUGAAAAAUCAGACCUAGACAGCUACAAAUCAAACAGUAAAAACAAUUCUUGUUUUAUAUCAUCAUCCAAGAGAAACAGACCUGUCAGUGCUCCUGUGGGUCAACUGAGACUUAAGAAAAUCUCGUCUUUAAAAUCCCUGUCAGCCCAGAAUUGGCAUAAAUUGUCUCAAAGACACAAACUUCAACCAAGAGUGAUUAGAGCAACAGCUUACAAAAAUGGAUCUAGAACAGUCUUUGCCAAAGUUACUGUAUCAACCAUCACCUUGUUGCUGGAGGAGUGCACAGAAAAGCUGAAUCUGAACAUGGCCGCACGACGAGUGUUCUUGGCAGACGGCACAGAAGCCCUCGAACCUGAAGAUAUACCCCAUGAAGCCGACAUUUAUGUUUCUGCAGGAGAGCCCUUUUUAGAUCCAUUCAAAAAAAUUAAAGACCAUCUGUUGUUAAUGAAGAAAGUAACCUGGACUAUGAAUGGGCUGAUGCUUCCUACUGAUGUCAAAAGACAGAAAACCAAGGCUAUUCUUUCUACUAGAAUGAAGAAACUUACUGAGAAGACCUCAGUCCGAAUCCUGUUCUAUCAAAAUGGCAUGGGGAAAGAUGGGCAUGAGAUUACAGUGGGAAAGGAAACAAUGAAAAAGGUUUUAGAUACUUGUACCAUGAAAAUGAAUCUAAAUUCACCAGCCAGAUAUCUUUAUGAUUUGUAUGGUAGGAAAAUUAAAGAUGUUUCAAAAGUUCCUCUGCUUGAAAAAUGCCUGCAAAAUUCCAUCACACCUUUACGGGGACCAGUUUGGGUCUCUAAGGGAGAAGGUUUCAGCCCCUCAGGAGCUAAGAUGUACAUCCAAGAAGUUCUUUUGGCCCUGUACCAACGAUUAAAGUCUGCAAAAAAAUAUUAUAAACAGUUGAACCUAGCCAUGGAUGAAAAGAAAGAGAAAGUUACUGAAAAAGUCAUUCUUUCCAUGACAUCAAAGGAACACCAUAAGGCACAAGAAGAAGUGAGCAGGCUGAUUGAUGAAUUGCAGACAGCUAUCAAAUGUAACAGAGGUCAUCUCUCUAAACUUGGCCCCCAAUUACAGGCUGAGCAGGAGCAAUUCUCCUCUUAUGUCUACCAACACAUUAAGAGCCUUCCAGCAAACACUCUUAUCCCAGGAGGCUUGCAGCUCAAGAUAUUUGAAAAUGGUAAAGACACUGGAGAGAUCUCUCUUUGUAUCAGCAGAAAAGAUUUGGGGUCAAAUAAUCCAACUCAAACUGGAGAUAUGAUGGAAAGAUUACUUCUCAAGAUUCAUCAAAAGCUUCAAGAUUCUUCCAGCAGCACACCAGGCCUCAAUUUUUCUUCAGCCCGGCUUUAUGAUGAGCAUGGUCAAGAAAUUAAGAAUCCGCUUUUGCUGAAGAAUGAGCAAAAAAUUUGGGUCUCUUAUGGUAAAGCAUACAGAUCUCCACUAAACCCCAUUUUGGGUUUGACCUUUGACCAAGUGACUGCAUUUGCCAGACAUGGUAUUACAAUUGCAUAUAAAACCUUCUUGGAUCCUAAUGCUGUUCUGCUACCUGGAUGUGACAAUUGGGAAGUUUGUGAAGGAUUUCCAAUUAAUUUCAGCUGUACCAGUCAUCAAGUACCUGAUCAGUUUGAAAAGGUAGACUUGGAUAACCAUUUCCUACAGAACAAGGCGGAUCCAAAUAUUGUUCUUCUUGCGGAUGUUUCCAUCAGAAAGCGGAAUUCCUCAAGCAGUGAGGCAAGCAACAAAAGUCAGAUAGCGUCUUUGAACCUGUGGUCUUCAGCCAGUGUGUGGCUUAUCACAAAGACUGGAAUGAUCCUGAGCAGAGCGAUAACUCAGGGCUGCCUCGCUAUUGGUCAUCCAAUCAGAGUCAAGGCCACUGAGGGAACAUCACUAGAAGGAUAUAAAUUAAUCCUACAGAAAAGACAGAAAGGGAAGGAUUCUCAGAAGUGGGUGUUUGGAACCGAUGGCUGCAUUUAUUCUAAGGUUUAUCCUGAAUUUGUUCUGACCUACCUAGAGGAGCUAAACGUGCAAGUGGAUGUGACCCAGACAGAGUAUCACAUUCAUCAUGGUGCCUGGAACACAUCUCAUCAGGAACAUGGCAGCAGCCUAGCAGAAGAGGUUCUGCAAAAACGUGCCAGUAUCUUUGAUCUGAAGCAACUGCCAGAACCUUCAGAUACCCAUUUGAUGCCAGAAGAGUCUCUUGGGAAGACAGGGCAGCUGACAGUGGCGCUGGUGAAGAAACUAGAAGACAAACAUCCCAAGGCUUCUGCUCAGAGAUGGGCCAUAAAACAUGAAGGAACCAAUAAACCAGACCAGUGGAAACAUUCCAGGGUUGAAAAUCCUGUCUGGAACAAGCUUACCUACAUGUGGCCAGUCCUUCCCAGUGGCCAACUGAAUGAGGAUUUUGAUUGGCCAAUAGAAGGACUGCUUGUUCCAAACAGCCCUCCCAUGAAGAAACCUGUGUGUAAGACACCACGGCAAUAUGUCCCUGUGCGACUCAGAAUUUUGCGAAAUGGAGAUAAGAGCAAGAACAGAGCCCUUGUUAUAAUAGGUCCAGACAUCUCACCUAGACGGAAAAUGCAAACUGUUGACAUUGGAAAGAAAGAAAAUAUGAAAAACUACAUCACUAAAUAUUCAGAAACAGAAACAAACCAGACUGAAUUUCAUCAACUUUUAGAGAGGUGCACUGAAGUUCUGAAUUUACCUUCUGCAGCUCGGAGGUUGUUUAAUGAAAAAGGGAAGGAAAUCUUUGCCCUAAAAGACCUGCAAAGAGAUGACCUGGUGUAUGUUUCACGUGGAGAACCUUGGAUCAAUCCUCAUCUGUCCAUUGCUCAGCAGAAGCAGCAAAUCUUUCUGAGGAACCUAGCAUCAGACAUUUCUAAAAUUCAGACCUUCUGCAGUAUACGUAAUAUAGAGGCUCUUGUUUUAGAAAUCCAAAGUGACAUUGUGUCUGGGGCCAAGCUUGCUGUGCAUAAACCUGUAGCAAAUUUUGGAGAAGAACAAACGAUAGAAACAGAGGAAGAGCAAAUGCAAAAAAAUGUUCUGGCUACAGAUAAUGCUUCCAGUGAAACCCUAGACUCACAUGCAAGAGCCCACCUCCGAAUGAAGGCUUGUCACACACUUCUCAGGUAUGCCUGGCAGGAAGCUUCUCAUGACUUUGAUGAGGAUGACAGUCUUCCAGAGCAAAUGGAAGAAGAGUUCUUUGAACUUGUGGAAGCACCAAAGGAAUGCAGCCACUCACCAAAGCAGAGUAAAUUGCAGAAGUUUUGCUGCCAGCAGUUUGAAUACAGAGACGGACAAAUUAUUAGCCAUGCUGCUCCUCAGCUAGUCUUGGGGGUAGAAGGUCCCAAUCUGCGUUCAGGCAUGGAAGUGGUUUUGGUGGAGAAGAGAGCUGGUAAUAGUCACCAACACUGGAUACACAAGGAAGGUAGCAGGACCUUUCACCUGGUGAGUAACCCAGACCUCGUGCUGGCAGUGUCUCUGACCAAGGUUAGAGAUGAAGAUGAUGGCUAUCCAGUUAUUGUUCAGAAAUAUAAACCAUAUUACAAUGGGACUUCCAAUCAAAAGUGGAAUUACAUAGAAAAUAUGAAAACUUUUAUGGCCUUUCAUAGCACUACAUUAGAUAAGGAAAUCACAGCAGCAAAUUAUGCUGGUAUUUGUACAUCUUCUGUGAUUAAAGAAGAAAACAUUGAUCAACCAGGAUACUAUUAUCUCUUACCUACUGGAAAGAAAAAAAUGAUGUUAUGCUUGGCAUGUGGACGAUCCAUGAGAGCAGAGAACAGACUGAGACAGUUGCUGCCAGGUGUGCCAUUCCUGUGUGCUUCAGGCUCCAAGACACAGAGACCCUCCUCACGAGGGCCUUUCAAGGUCAUCAAUGUGGCUGAGGCUGACUUAUCUUCUCAUGAGGCUGAAAAAACCCGAAGUUAUUAUGAAGAGCGUCUAUUAUCUUUACGGAUGAAGACCUGCACGCAAGUUGUCUCUCGUGGUGGUUCGGCAGCCACGGCCCAGAAGGCAGUGAAAAUAAUUGCAUACAAAAAUGGAGAUGGAUAUCGAAAUGGGAAGUUAAUUGUGGCUGCAACGUUCCCCGUGCUUCUUACAGAAUGUACUGAACAACUUGGUCUAGCUAGAGCAGCCUCCAAAGUAUAUACCAAAGAUGGAACCUCAAUCCUUUCCUUGCGUGAUUUGGUUUUAUGGGCUCUAGAUGAAUAUUUUGGCCAGAGAAACUCCAAGGAACAAAAGAACGAUGCAGUCCCUAUUGGAACAAAAGAGACAGCUGUUGAAAGCAUGGAAGAAAACCUGAGAAUGAAAGUGAAAAGUACAUUAUCUCCAAAGUCUGGAACAUCUGAUAGUUUGGAGGGUAUAGAUAAGUCCCUGCUCACCCUUGUCCUCAGAAAUCCUGUUGCCAUCUGGGUAUCAUGUGGUGAACCAUUUCUAUCUCCAAAUACUUUGCAGAAAACAGAAAAGUUAGAAAAACAGAACUGGCUGAAAAAGGACAGAAUUUUGGCUGAUCUAGAUACCAUGAAACACAAAAUGAGACAGUUAAAAGGGCGCCGAGUAGCAGCAUGUCAGCCGGCCACCAUGGUUUCCAACAAAAGCCCUGUGCAGCCUGUGGUGGUGGAAGGAGGCUGGAUGGAGCAGACUCAAGAGGAAAUUAAACUCAUGGAGCUUAUAAGACAUACAGAGGCCCACCUUUCUGAAAUCCAGGAACUGCAAUCCAAGAGAAAUUCUCCAGUUGCAACUAAGGGUAUUGCUCACAAAAAGAGCAGCCUUUAUAAACAACCAAAUGCAAAACGAGUAUGGGUUUAUCUAAAUGGAGGCAGACCUGAAGAUGGCACUUAUGCCUGGGGCAAAACUAUUACCGAGCUGCUGGAUGACUGCUCUUCUCGUCUCAAAAUGCCCCAACCCGCCAGAACACUGUACACACCACACGGAGAGCUGAUUCAAUCAUGGGAUGACAUAGAGCGAGACAUGGUCAUCUGUGUGUCUGCAGGAGAUAGCUUUGUGACCCAAAAAGAGUUAAAGCAACUAAUGGACAUCAGAGCAAAUUAUGCCAGAAUCCGAAGGCUGCAGGACCCUCAAGCCACAGACAUCAUGGUGUCGCCGUCCACAAAGCUGCUAUCUCUGGUAUGUCGCCACAGUUAAUUCCUGUCAGAACCAUUAUAUUUCAUUCUGUAUUUCAUUGGGGUAGCUAUGCCUACAUUCUCAUGCACACACUAUAAUAUGAUGAUUAUUCAUCUUAAUUUUAUGCAGUCUCUUUUAAAAGUUA